AUGUCACACACCACUCCCGACAAUCUCCUCAAGCUCGCCGCAGACCUCAACAAACUAGGCAGAGAGCUAUGUGCAACAGGCGGCAAGCUAGCCCAGGCCGCAACGACUCUCGAGCAAGAAGCUGCAAAUGUCGCCCUGGCGAAUGCGCACCGAUGGGGCGUUGAUGUACAGGUUGCUGUGAGGGCCGGACCGCAUGGUCAAUGGGUUGGACAAGGUAACGAAGUUGUUAUCAAUGGGGCGAAGAAGUAG